UGCUUGAUUGAUUAAUCAACGGCAACGAAUCGUGUCUGAAGAUUUUUUUUCUCCAUGCAAAACUGGAAAGCCCUAGAAUUAGAAGAACACCAACCAUACGCUGAAUACGCAAUCAGGUUAAACUGAAUGCUCAAGGAUUAUUAAAAUUGAAAGCUUUUUCUUUUUGGUUAUCCUGCUGAUGGAAGAAGCAAAGUUAGAUUCAAAAUCGAAAUCGAUCCCGAAUGAGAAUUUGAGAUUCGGAGAGAGGGCUUUAUCUGCUGGUGGCGCCGCUUUUAUAUCGGCGGUCAUAGUCAAUCCUCUCGAUGUUGUUAAGACGAGAUUACAAGCACAGGCUGCAGGAGUCCCGUAUCAAGGCUCGUGUCGUCUGGGUUGUUUCGAUUCGAAUUCCACGUUGGUACAUGAUUUAAGAAGUAGUUCUUCUCCUGGGAUGUGUAGAAUCACUGGCUCUGCAUCUGUUUGCUCAGAUCAUCAGUACAAAGGAACCCUUGAUGUCUUCUGCAAAAUUAUCCGCCAGGAACAACUUUAUGCAGGAAGGGUUUUCUAGGCUUUGGAGAGGUACAAAUGCAAGUUUAGCAUUGGCCGUUCCAACUGUUGGGAUCUACAUGCCUUGUUAUGAUUAUUUUCGCAAUAGAAUGGAGGGAUUUACAACAGAGAAGUCCCCAACUUUGACACCUUAUGUUCCACUAGUUGCUGGGAUAAUAGCACGCUCUUUGGCUUGUAUCUCUUGUUAUCCUGUCGAGUUAGCAAAGACACGGAUGCAGGCAUUCAAGGGAACACAAAGAGAUGUGAAACUGCCUGGCGUUUGGAAGACAUUAGUUGACGUCAUCAAUCCUGUUAAGGGAUCAAGUAAUGGACAAAACUACAGGAUGUUAUGGACUGGUCUUGGUGCUCAACUUGCUAGGGAUGUUCCAUUCUCUGCAAUCUGCUGGUCAAUACUUGAGCACACCCGGAGAAGCAUAUUCUCGUUCAUUGGUGAAGAACCAAGGGCAGGCAGUAUAAUAGGUGCGAACUUCACUGCUGGUUUUGUUGCGGGUGGAGUUGCUGCUGCAGUUACUUGCCCACUAGAUGUUGCAAAGACUCGGCGGCAAAUAGAGAAGAAUAGAGAUAGAGCCAUGACAAUGACCACAAGACAGACCAUGGCAGAGAUUUGGAGGGAUGGAGGAAUGAGAGGGAUGUUUAGUGGAGCAGGGGCUAGAGUCGGAAGGGCAGGACCAUCAGUAGCCAUUGUGGUAUCCUUUUACGAAGUGGUCAAGUAUGGACUGCACAACUUUCACCAACAGUAACACUUAUCAUAGUCACUUAUAGAGAUAUUGUUUUUUGAUGCGAGGAUAAAAAAAAAAGAGAAGACUUGGGCAUCAAAACUCAAAAUAAAGAGUUUGCCGUAUGAGGUGCUUUACUACAACAACACCUUAUAACAAGGCAAAAAGCCAAAAUUUAUUCUUUAUUUGUUUUUUUGUCAAGAAGGAAUAAUUUUAUUCAACACAGUUCUUGCAUUUGUUAUUUGUUGUUAGUAUAUAUAUAUAUUUUUUGUGUAAAUAUAGUUAACUUCAACACGAGAGAUUAACUUGAUCAAAGGGUAUGUAGCAAAGUGUCAUUUCUCGAUAAAUAAUAACAUGUGAAAUGACAAUUCAUAUAGCUCUCCGUGAUUUGUAUAAACCUUGAAUUACAUUUUUACACAGUUUACAACAUUUCUGGCACUGAUAAAUUAUAGAUCUCUGAAGAUGGAUGGAUAGAGAUAAACAGAAAAGAGAGUCGAAUUCAAAAGGAAGUGAGAGAGCUCAACGGGCUUCAGAAUUCCGGCUUUUAUUUUGCUUUUGAAAUAGUCAGAUACACACAGAUAUAUCUUUUAAACCGGGUUUUUUUUUUUUUUUUUUUUUUUUUUUUUUUUUUUUUUUUUUUUNUUUCUUUUCGGUCUAAAAGUUAACACUAAUUGUCAAACUUUCUGGUAAUUAAGAAGCUGAUUAGAAUAAGAAGAAUAAAUUAAUUAAUUUAGUAGUAUGGAAGAAGAGAAGAAACAAUUAUCAGUAAAUCUCCAGAAAGAAAUCAUAAUAAUCGAGACAAAAAAAAAAAAAGCACAAAUCAUCAACCCACAGACUCUUUAGGAAUUUUAUCCACAAAAAAAAAAAAAAAAAAAAAAAAA